GCCCUUUCAUGGCUACUCAUAGGGUUCCUAGUGUCCUCUUCUUCGCUUUAGUGGGCUUAAGCAUAUGCUCUGCUGCUAGGGUCCUCCUCACUUUUGAGGAAGUAACUGGUUCUGGUUAUAGCGUUGGCCAUGGCAUUGGUGGUGGCUCUGGGUAUGGAGGAGGAGUUUUAGGAGGCUACGGUGGUGGUGGUGGUGGCGGCUCUGGUGGUGGAACUGGCUAUGGAGCAGUAGGGGACCAAGGUCCUGUGGGAUAUGGUGGUGGAGGUGGAAGCGGCAUUGGUAGUGGUGCUGGCUAUGGAGCUGGUGGAGACCUUGGAGGUGGCUAUGGAGGCGGUGGUGGUAGUGGUGGCGGCGGCGGUGCUGGCGGUGGUUAUGGUGGUGGAGCUGGUGGGGAAAAUGGUGGCGGUUAUGGUGGUGGUGAAAGAGCAGGCAAUGGCGGUGGCUACGGUGCUGGUGGAGAAGAUGGUAGUGGUUAUGGUGGUGGUGGUGGCGGCGGCAGUGGAGGUGGUGGUGGUGCUGGUUAUGGUUCAGGAGGAGCAUAUGGAGGUGGCUAUGGUAGUGGUGGAGAAUCUGGAGGAGGUAUUGGUGGUGGCGCUGAGGGAGCACAUGGUGGUGGCUAUGGUGGCGGAGGCGGAGCUGGUGGUGCCGGAGGUAGCCACGGUGGCUACACCAACGUCCCAUGA